GCAGAAAGUGGGUGGACCAUAUACACACCGGCUUUUGCCCACUCCUGACUCCAGGAUGGCUGAAGAAGCCCCCAAGGACCCCUCAAAGCCCAUCGGUGCCUGGGAGGAGAUGAAACCUCCCCAACGGAAGAGUUGGCAAAAGAGCCCACAGCCGAAGCAGGAGCUGUGUGUGCCUCAGCCCUUCCGUGCCGAUUCACCAUCCCCUUGUAACGCCUCCUGCUUUAUGAGGCCAGACUCGGAUGAGAAAGAGGCCCUGGACUACAUCAACGCCUUUCUCACGAGCAAUGAACAGGACGAGGCCAAGAAACUCAAGUUCUUGGAUUCCAUCAACACCCUCAGCAGCCUGCCUGCUUUUAUGGACAAAGCCCUGCUAGUGGAGAAGAUAAAGGAGCUGAUUGAUCACGAGUCCGUCGACUCCCUGACCGGCGUGAUGCGUCAGCAAGCUAUGCUCGCCAUCAUGAAGCUGAGCAAAAUGAAGCUACCGCUGCUGGUCCUGACACAACCCAGCCUGCUCGCCACCUGCUUCUCCAGCAUCUUCUCCCUGCCUCCAGCACACACCAUGGAGGAGGUGGAGGCUGCUCUCUACACCAAAACUUUGAAAACCAUGGAUGAGAUGCUGAAGGCCUUGGUGUGCGAGGAUCAGGAGCCCAACCUUCUGGUGCUGCAAAUCAUCUUGAAGGUCCUGCUCCCCUGGACCACAUCCAAGGAGGUACAUGAGCGGCUGAGGGCAGUGGGAAGGAUCAGGUGGCUGAUGGAAUUCAUGGGGUCUCAGUGCAAAUUCCAGGAAGUGGAGGAGUUCAGAGUCCUGGGCCAGCUGGUGGGGUGUCUCACUCUGUGCUGUGUGGAGCAGGAGCAGGAGAUCUGGCAAUCGGCUGUGGAGGGACUUCACCACCUCUUCUCCUUCAUGCAGCUGCUAAAAUCCAAAAUGCUAGUGAAGCACGGUGCAGAGUAUCGGCAGAUCCUCAAGGACAGUCAAACUGAGAGAGCCUUCUGGGUCACCAACAUCAGCAAUAUCACAUCGCUGUUUGGGAAGUACUUCAACCCAUCCGAGAGCAUGGACUUCCUCCUCGUUGCUAUCGACGGCGUGAGAGACUCCAGCGUCCAUGACGCAGUGACGGCCAGGAACAUGCUGCAUAUGAUCCUGGAGGUUCCCGGCCUAGGCUUGGUGAGGGUGUCAGAGGCUGUGAGGAGCAUUCAUAAGCACCUGGACUCCAUCAGCGAGCCACUUGCCCGGCAGGAGCUGCUCAGGGCCCUUCUCCUGCUGGGUUCCCAGUUCAGCGAGGAGGUGGUCGGAACCCUGCUGGGCUGCUCACUGUCAUGUGACAGUGUUGCUGCGGAGAUGUGGAAGAUGCUGACAUCCCAGCCCAAGAGCACAGAAAAGAUCCUUAGGGAGCUGGUCAGCAGGCUGCAGGGGCAGGCUCCACGACGGCAUCAGCUCUCUCAGAGACCGGCCGGCGUCGCCUCCUUGGCCGCCACAAGAGCCCUGUAUGUGAUCCUGCAGGAGCAGGCCUGCAGGCAGGAGGUGAAGGAGCUCUUCCCUCAGCUCUACGUCGCACUCCUCUUCCACAUCACCCACACAGUGCAGCACACUGCUUCGCAGGAGAGGGAGCAUAACCAGGAGGACACGACCGCACCCCUCAGCCCCGUCAGGUUCGCGGUGAAGGCCAUGGAAGCUUUGCUUCUAUGCGCUGGCUACAAGGAGCAGGUCACCUUCAUGAUGAAGCAGGGCGGCUGGGACCUGCUCAUGAGCUCCGACACGCACCACAAAGGUGUCUGCCUGCUUGCCCGGGCCAUGGUUUCGCUCAAUUUCCAGGAGCGAAACUGGAUUUUCCACCAUCUGAUGGCCAUCCUCAACGAUCGGGACGAUAGGCGGUACGUCCCGGCCGUGGCGCUCUUCAUUCAGCUCCUCCAGUGCCCUGACCUUGGCUACGCGCUGGAAGACGCCAUCGUGGAGGAGAUGAGCAGGCAGCUGAGAGACCACCAGACCGUGGUGCGCUGGUUGGGGCUCAAAGGCCUCCUCAAUCUGGCCCUUCUCCCAGAGAAGGUGGGGAAACUCCAGCGUCUGCUGCCAGAUGUCCUGGAGCGACUCCAGGAGGUAGACAGAGACCUCAUCCGCAAGGCCAUCGCCGUGCUGAAACACCUCCUCGCCGGCAUGGACAGGCAGAGCGCCAGCCGCGCGGCUGUGCAAGUGGCUGAGCAACUCCUGCCAUUGUUUGAUGAUGUGACCAGCAAGCUCCGGGUGCUCUCCAUCACCCUUUUUAAAGACCUGCUGGAGCUUGUAAGGGGGCCCAACCGGAGUGAGAUGAAGGAGUAUGUGCUCCAGAGCCUGGUCCCACUGCUCCUCCUUGUGCAUGAUGAGCGUCCCAACGUGUCCCAGGUGUGUUGGGACACCCUCAUCAGUGCCGCCCAAUUCCUGAGGUGGCACCAGCUCAGUGGCCUCAUCCAGCACAAGGAAACCUGGCGAAGCUGUGACUGCCUGGUGAUCCACUACAAGGAGAGAGCUGAUGACUUCCUGGGCCAGACCAUGGCCUUCCUGCAGAACCCACAGACUCCAGUUAGGGAAGCAGCCAUCAGGUUCCUAGGGCUCACUGCCCGGCAGCUGGACCAGGGGAGCCAGGACAAGCUGGAUGCCAUCUGCGACAACCUCAAAGGCUUGCAGCAGGACAGCAAGUCCUCAGUCCAAUGCCUGGCUUCUCAGACCAUCUUCAUCCUGGAGGCCUUCAAGAACCAGCCUCCAGCCUGCUGCAGCCUAUGGACAUUGGUCCAUAGGAUAAGAACAAUGUGCACUGCGGAGAGCCAGCUCAUUGAAGCUGCCCAGCUGCCCUAGCUCUGGGAAAAGCCAGCCUCCCUUCUCUGGGGGCUUGGUGCAUCAGAGCCCACCUGGAGCAAGGUGGAACACAUGGCUUCUUCCCAACUGGCCGCCUGCCCUGCCCAGCCAUGUGAGUAGUUAACUGCUCGAUAGCUUUCAUCAUCAUGUACUUUUGGACAGGUUUCCAUGCACCGUGUUGCAUUUAUGUCCUGCCCUCUGUCCCCAUUUCCAGUCGUGUAAGUUUUUGAUGCCGUCGGCCAUUUUGAAAAUUUAUUUUGUAUUAUUUUUCUGUGUUUGGCCGGGGGAAGGUUGUGUGCUUGUGUUUUGACAUAUUUAGAGAAAAAGUACGAAUGAGUAGAAAGAGAGGCUGUAAAGGGUUUGCAGUCCGCCCCCAGGCCCCACCGUCCGUCCAUCUGGGUGGGAGACCACACCCCUUGCUAUGAUACUUCCGGGUACGGUGGUUCAGGGGAAAAUUAGCUCAGUGUUAAUGGCUCUAGCUUGCAGUCAGGCCAAGUAACGGUAGAGAGUCUGUUUGCCCGGGGCCCUCAAUCAGGGCAGGGCGUCAGUCGAGAAGGGGAUCUGGCCUACAGUCAGGCAGGCAGAGCAGCAGGAGGUCCAUUUGCCUGGCCCUUGAUCAGGGUAGGGCAGCAGUCAAGUAGGGGGGCUCUGGCCUACAGUCCGGCAAAGCUGUCACAGUCUAGGGGAGGUUAGCUCUCUGGUGGGAAUGUCAGGACAACCAUCUGGCAUCUGGAUUCAGGUGGGUGCCAGACCAAUUCAGGCCUCCUGACAACCAGGGGGGAGGCUGCCACUCCUGACGUUGAGGUGGUAGGGGCAGAGGAACUCAGGUCCUCCCAUUCCACUGCAUCCCAGCCCAGGACCCUAACAGCAGUGGAGUUGUCCGCCACUGGGUCAGCGGGGAAAGUCCAGCCGCAACACGCUGGCUGGCUUGUAGUCAAUAACACAGCCAAACCUAAUUCUGCUUCCCUUGGCUCCAUCCGACACACCCAUUCCGUGUGUACAUGGGUUCCAGGGUUGUUGUUCGCUUCGCUGGGAUAGACAGCUAGUGGCAGCCCCCCCAGCUCCUCGGAGAUCCUGGCGUCUGGCAGCUUUGUCAGCACCUCUGGGUCUCUGUCAGGAGAGCGGUCUCCGUUAGGUCUGGGCUCACGCAACGGGGAAGAGACGUCCUGCUCCUCAGGCAGCCCUCCCCUGACUGAGCUGGAGGACCAGCCUUUUAUAGUUCCGCUUCCUGUCCCACCCCUCUGCUUCCAGCGGGGAGGACAUGCAAGUCCCCGUUCUACCCACCAGGGGGGCGUUCACGGAUCCCUCCCUGUCUGUCAGGACAGGAGACUAUGCCAUCUCGCUACAGAGGCCUUAAAGAAAAGGAGUUUUAAAAAAAGAAAGAUUGCUUAGGCUUAGAGGAAAAAAGGAAAGAAAGGUUAUCUUAAAUAGAAGAAAGAGGGGAAACUAGAGAAAGCAACAAGAGAGAGGAGUUUGUAAGAAUGUGGUAAAAGGUUAUUUUUGUUGGGACUAAAAAAUUAUAACAUUAAAAAAAAUUGAACUCAAUUUAAAAAACCAAAGGCUAAUUAAAUAGAAUAGGAAAUAUAAAGGAAGGUUGAGAAGGUCGGGUGAAAGAACUCACCUGGCAGAAUAAUUAGCGAGAGAUUCUGUGUCAGUGACAUAGGGCUGUGUAAAGUACAGAAAACAGCAAGAGAGAGAAAGAUCCCUUUUUGUUAAUAAGCAGAAAACAGAGCUGUGCAAAAGAGAGAUAGAUCCUUACCAUUUCCCGCCGUUGUUCAGCCAUCGUCAACCGAGCAGCACAGCUUCCGCUGCAAACUCUGCUCUCCCAUUCUUGCAUCAGUAGCAAAUUUCUCUGUGUUGUCGGUGCUGGGCUCCACUGAAAGCUACAGAAGGAAACCAUUUCCCGCCUUUUAUCAGCCAUCUUGAACCGAACAGCUCUCCUACGUUUCAUGCCAUUUUUCCAGGAUUACCCAUGCAGGCACCAUAGCGCGGCAAGUAUGUAGCCCACUCAGAUCUCUGCUGCAGUCUUGACCAUUGUAAAUACCUCACGCAUUAUCCAGCAGUAUGUGAAGUUUCUGCAAAAAUGGGCGAGGAAGCGACGACAGAGCGAUUACUGUACUGAUGAGGACAUGGACACCUCUGUUCCUAGAAGCACAGCAUGCAGCGAUUGGGAGAUCAUGGUGGUGUUGGGCCAGGUUCAUGCCGUGGAACGCCAAUUCUGGGCCCAGGA